AUGACCACCAAUCGUGUUAAGAACAUCGACCCUGCUUUUCAAUCACGCAUUCAAGCAUGGAUUAAAAGGAUUUGGAGAAGAAUGCUAGAGAAGGCCUGGAAAAACUUUUUAUCAAGAACGGAGGAUCAAGAGAACCACCAUCAAAUCACUGAUGCUGAAUUUGACAAAUUGGCGGAUGCGAACAUAAAUGGAAGACAGAUUAAGAAUGUACUAAAGACAGCAAAGUUGCUCACCAGUUAUAAGAAUGGUCUUCUCAAGUUCGAACAUGCUCGGACGGUUAUAAGUGUAGAGGGGAACUGA